AUACACAACAAUACAUACAUAUGUACUUAUAUAGAGAAAAUCAACUUCUCGUCGGUAUAAGCAAAAAUUCUUGCAAAUAUUCUUCGGUAUAUUCGCAAAGAAACAAGUGCUUUAAUUUAAUAUAUUCGCAGUUCUAAGUAAAGGAUAACAUUUUUCCCUCUGAACACGGAAAGCACAAGGAUUAAAGUCAAGUCGUUCCUUUUCUAAAAACAAACUAAAGAGUUCAUAAAAAUUGCUAUAAUUGCUUACGAUAAUGACGUUGAAGAUCAAGUUGAUGCAGGAAUAGUUGGGAAUGCAACUUUUGAAGCUAACGAUCAGUUAGAACACUUAAGCACUAUGCGCGAAGCGCUUUUUUCCCAAGAUGGCUGGGGCUGUCAGCAUGUCAACCAGGAUACCAAUUGGGAAGUCCCCAGUUCGCCAGAGCCAACCAAUAAAGAUGCCGCCGGACCACCAAUGUGGAAGCCAAACAUUAACAAUGGAACUGAUCUUUGGGAGUCCAAUCUGAGAAACGGAGGUCAGCCGACUGCUCAGCAAGUUCCAAAGCCGUCUUGGGGUCAUACACCGUCCUCCAACCUAGGCGGAACGUGGGGAGAGGACGAUGAUGGGGCCGACAGCAGUAGUGUGUGGACAGGAGGAUCGGUCAGCAACGCGGGAUCUGGAGCGGCAGUGGGAGUAAGCCAAGGUGGAGUUAAUGUCGGCCCAGGAGGUGUCGUUUCAUCGGGCGGUCCUCAAUGGGGACAAGGAGUGGUUGGCGUUGGACUUGGAUCAACUGCAGGUAGCGGAUCAAGCAAUUUAACUGGAAACACUGGAGUCGUUGCAGGUGGUAGCGGAAACUCCAACAAUGCUGGCAACGGAUGGGGAGACCCUCGCGAAAUUCGUCCUUUGGCUGGAGGCGGAUCGAUGGAUAUCCGGAAUGUUGAUCAUCGCGGCGUUAACGCUUCUGGGGGAUCUUCUAGUGAUCCCCGCGAUAUCCGAAUGAUUGAUCCGCGUGAUCCCAUUCGAGGAGAUCCCCGUGGGAUAUCCGGCCGACUUAAUGGGACAUCAGAAAUGUGGGGUCAUCAUCCGCAGAUGUCCCAUAACCAGAUACAAAAUAUCAACAAAAUGGUCGGCCAAAGCGUAGGGACUGCAAGUACGAAUGUUCAAGGAACAUCAGGACCGGGCAUCGGUCCCGGAGGUCCCGGUGGGCCCGGAGGUCCUGGUCCUGGUCCAGGUCCUGGUCCUGGUCCUGGCCCUGUGUCGGGCAAUAUCCCGACCCAGUGGGGGCCGGCCCAAUCGGUGGGCGUUGGCGUUAGUGGCCCCAAAGACAUAUCGAAGCAGAUAAGUGGAUGGGAAGAACCAUCGCCACCGCCCCAGCGCCGCAGUAUUCCUAAUUACGACGAUGGUACUUCGUUGUGGGGCCAGCAAACUCGUGUUCCCGGUGCAAGCGGUCACUGGAAAGACAUGACCGAUUCAAUUGGUCGUGGUGGUCAUCUGAUGCGUGGUCAAAACCAGUCCGGGGGCAUCGGCAUCGCCGGCGUUGGCAAUAGCAAUGUUCCAGUGGGGGCCAAUCCCAACAAUCCUAUGAACAGUGUAGUUGGACCCCAGGCGCGGCUACCAUCUGUUGGAGGCGUGCAGCACAAGCCAGACGGAGGCGCCAUGUGGGUGCACUCAAACAAUGUUAGCGGCAGAAACACUGUUGCUCCUGUCACAACUUGGGGAGAUGACACUCACAACGUGGGCGCCCCCAGCGGUGGAAGUGUGUCCAGCAGCAACUGGGUGGAUGAUAAGUCCAACGCGACACUCGCACAAAACUCUUGGAGCGACGCAGCGCCAGUAGGCGUUAGUUGGGGCAAUAAGCAAGGCAAACUGCCAGCUACUGGUGCCUCGUCGGGCUGGAGCACUGCGGGAGGAGUAGGUGUGGUGGAUGGCGUUGAUCUGGGAUCCGAUUGGAACGCACACGGUGGGAUCAUAGGAAAAUCUCAGCAGCAGCAGAAGCUAGCAGGACUCAACGUGGGAAUGGUUAAUGUUAUUAAUACGGAGAUGAUUAAGCAAAGCAAGCAAUACCGCAUUCUUGUGGAUAACGGAUUCAAGAAGGAAGAUGUAGAGCGGGCAUUGGUAACUGCCAAUAUGAACAUCGAAGAAGCAGCCGAUAUGCUGCGUGCCAAUUCAUCUUUGGCAAUGGAUGGCUGGCGUCGACAUGAUGACACCCUUGGCUCUUAUGCUGACCACACGAGUUCAACUAGUAGCGGUGGGUUUGCUGGUCGCUACCCAGUCAGCAGUGGACAACCUUCAAUGUCUUUUCCUCAUAAUAAUAUUAUGAAUAACAUGGGUGGCACUGCUGUUACUGGAGGUGGAAAUAAUAAUGCAAAUAUGACAGCUUUGCAAGUUCAAAAGUAUUUGAAUCAAGGUCAACAUAGUGUUGCUGUAGGACCUCAGUCUGUUGGUAACACGGCCGCCGUUUCCGUCGGAUUUGGCCAGGGCACAUCUAACGCAGCAGUGGCAGCAGCAGCUUCUGCAAAUAUAGCAGCAAAUACAAACAAUCAACCAUCAGGCCAGCAAAUUCGCAUGCUUGGUCAGCAGAUUCAGUUGGCCAUUCAUAGUGGUUUCAUAUCUAGUCAAAUAUUGACUCAACCUCUAACACAAACUACACUUAAUCUGCUAAAUCAACUUCUUAGCAAUAUAAAGCAUCUCCAAGCAGCGCAACAAUCCCUUGCUCGCGGGGGAAAUGCAAAUCCAAUGGCAGUGAAUGUGGCGAUAUCUAAAUACAAGCAGCAAAUUCAGAAUUUACAGAACCAAAUAAAUGCACAACAGGCUGUGUAUGUCAAACAGCAAAAUAUGCAACCAACUUCGCAGCAGCAGCAGCAACAGCAGCCACAGCAACAGCAACAUCCUUCUGUACACUCAGGCAAUGACUAUUUAAGAGGUCACGAUGCAAUUAAUACCUUGCCAAGCAACUUUUCAGAGCUCAAUAUUAAUAAGCCAAGUGGAUAUCAAGGAGCGUCCAAUCAGCAAUCCCGACUUAAUCAGUGGAAGCUUCCAGUAUUAGACAAGGACAUAAACUCUGACAGUACGGAAUUUUCCCGUGCUCCAGGUGCAACUAAACAAAAUUUAACGAGCAACUCAACCAACAUAAGCUCUUUGGGCCUACAAAGUGAUGGUACAUGGUCAACUGGACGUAAUAUUGGGGACGGUUGGCCAGACCCCUCAUCUGACAACGAGAAUAAAGACUGGUCAGUUGCUCAGCCAACUUCAGCAGCAACUGCGUACACCGACCUGGUCCAAGAGUUCGAGCCAGGAAAACCAUGGAAGGGUUCUCAGAUCAAAAGCAUAGAAGACGAUCCCAGCAUUACUCCUGGAAGCGUUGCUAGAUCUCCACUAUCCAUUAAUUCAACGCCAAAAGAUGCUGACAUAUUUGCCAAUACCGGCAAGAACUCCCCGACUGAUUUGCCGCCUCUAAGUUUAUCGUCGUCUACAUGGAGUUUUAAUCCAAACCAAAAUUUCCCCAGUUGGUCUGACAACAGCCAGCAAUGUGCUGCCACUUCUGAGCUUUGGACAAGCCCCCUGAAUAAAUCAUCGUCCCGAGGUCCCCCGCCAGGAUUGACUGCCAAUUCAAAUAAAUCUGGUAAUGGAGGAAAUUGUAGUACGUCAACAUCAUCAACCAUCAGCGGAGGUUCCAAUGGCUGGCUACAGGCUCGAAGUGGUGGUGUUCAAACAACAAACACAACUUGGACAGGUGGUAAUACUUCAUGGGGCUCUAGUUGGUUGCUUCUUAAAAAUCUAACAGCUCAGAUUGACGGUCCAACCUUACGUACACUGUGUAUGCAGCAUGGCCCCCUUAUAAGCUUUCACCUAUAUUUGAACCAAGGAAUUGCCUUAUGUAAAUAUACAACUCGAGAGGAGGCUAACAAAGCGCAAAUGGCGUUAAACAACUGUGUUCUCGCCAACACCACAAUAUUUGCUGAAUCUCCGAGCGAGAACGAGGUGCAGAACAUAAUGCAGCACUUACCACAAGCCACUUCCUCUACUAGCUCGAGCGGAACUAGUGCUGGCAACGGCGGAGGCGUUGGCACUCCAUCCAAUAGUGGCGCCAGUAGCUCAGGGGCUAGUCUGUCCGGAAAUAGCAGCAACGGAAACGGAAACGGCAGCGGCAAUGGCGGCGGCAACGGCAAUAAUGGAAAUGGCAGUGGUGGUGGCAGUGGCAGUGGCACAGGCAGUGGUGGCGGCGGCGGCAGCAACCCGAACACCAGUGUGGCAAAUUCGAAUCUACUUGGCUCUAGUGGAGGGUCUGUCUCAAAUCCUUCUGGUGGUGCUGCUAGCUCUGGCACGGGUUCUGUAGGAAGUGGUACGGCGAGUAGCAAUUCCAUAAAUGGUGGGCCAGUAUCUGCAAACAGUGCUGGCUCAAAGAGUAGUGCAAAUGUAACUAUUACCGGUGUUCAGUCCAGCGUUUCUAGCUUGACAAAUAGCACCAACUCAACAUGGCGACAAACUAGCCAAAACCAAGCUCUUCAGGGUCAAAGCAGGCCUUCAGGCAGAGAAGCUGAGUUUGAUUAUAUAUCUCUCGUUUAUUCCAUUGUUGAUGAUUAAAAGAUCAAUGACCAGUUCCAUUGGUCAUUGACCAUUGACUAUCGCAUUCUGUGACUCAAGACACACACCCAAAAGCUUCAAAUGAUUCGAUACUAGGUAUGUAUGGAAAGCAAGACCAUGUUGUGAAGAAUAUAAAAGUGGAUCGACUGAUAGACGAAUGGACUUAGAAUUUUGUAUGCCCGUAGAUUUAUUUUUCUUCAUCGUUCAUAGAUCUAAACUUGUAUAUGUAAGUCUAAAUUUUAUCAAUAUAAAACAAAAACGAACA